AUGGAUAUAAAUAAUAACGAUAUGAAUACGAAGGUAGAGUCUGAACAACAACAGCAGCAACAACAACAACAGUCAUCACCAACACAACAAUCACAACAAGCAGCAGCGGCAUCGGCAGCAGCACCAUCUCUGAUGAGAAGACGUUCAGCAAGCGAUGUAUGUCCAACAACAGAUACAAAGCGUCCAUUCCGAUUCUAUUGGGCAAGUGAUGAUCAUAUGUAUUGGACAUUACUUUUAGAUCAAACAAAUACAGCAUCGUCACUGAAUUUGGCGGUUGCCAAAGCUGCCAAACAACAGCAACAGCAACAACAGCAGCACAGCUCAAACAACAGCAGUAACGAACAGCAAUCCGACGGAAGUGGUUCACCUCUAAGUUACUCUGGUGAAAUAUUAAAUACAUCUAUCAAUUCUUCAAUUUCUUCUUCAUCAACAACUACAACAACUACUACAGCUACAAACAGUAGUAGUAAUAUUCAUAGUAAUAGUAAUAAUAAUAAUAAUGGGUUGGAUAGAAUAUCGAUAUCUACACCACCAAAUACAACACCACCUCCACUUCCAUUCUUGAAUACAUCGCCACUACAACAACGACGUGGACACGAACAACAACAACAACAACAACAACACCAAGGAUUGAAGAGUACGAUGGAGUUGAAUCCACCUUCGUCAUCUUCAUCGACCUCUUCUUAUUCUUCAACAACGACACCCGAUGAGGAAAUGAGCAAUCAUCUACAACAACAGCUACACCUCCAAUCGUCAACAAAACAUUCGUCGCUCAAAAAGCAGCUGACCAUAAAGACUCCAGCGCCCAAAUCAAUCAAAGAAAUAUUUAUGACAUCAAGUCCAACCACUCCACCAACUACCAACGGAAAUAGUAGUUCUAAUUUAAUUUCACAACAACAGCAAUCACCUAAUAAGUUAAAGAAUGGAUCGGUAUUACCACCGAUCUCACCCACACCAACAAGCAACAACAAUAGCAUUGUUGGUAUCAGUAUAACCAACAGCAGUAGUAAUAGUAGUAAUUCAUUAUUGUCAGCUGCAGUCAUUAACAAUAGUAAUAAUAAUAAUAAUAAUAACAAUGGAAUGAAUGAAAGGAUCGCUCGCCGACUCGAGCAAGAGAAACAGCAAUCGAUUGUCGAUGCAACAGGACAACUCAAAGGAUGUGAUGAGACUGAUGCGAUUCUACUUUGGAGAGUUCAACGCCAUUGGUGGACUGUCGAAUAA